AUGCCGGUGCGGGAGCGCCCCCAUUCCGAGAAUCGCCAGGGUUCGGGGAGCUCUGGUAACAGUUGGAUAUCACAGGAGACUGUGCGGCAUCCCGAGAACCAACCUGGCGAUCCGAGCAAACCCUCUGCUGGUAAUCGCAAUGCCGACCCUUUCCCUGGUUCUUUGACAAUGGACACCAAAUCGGACCCUUCGAGACCCCCACAGAUUAACUGGGGGACAAAUCUGUGGUCAUGGAACUCACCCGACAUCUCCCCUACCGAACAGCGCAAGGCUUCUGGCUUCAGCGACCAUCGCGAGGCUUUAUCUGUACCCAGUCAUCAAGACAGUCCGUCCCAAUCCUCCUCCACGAGUCCCCGACCUCCACCUCUCAACGCGUCUCGCCUUGCCUCCGAUGAUAUCGAGUCGAUCGCCCCAUGGAGUACAGGUCCAGGAAGUGGACCCCCCGAUGCUCCCGGCACGUUUUACAACGACUACUCCGAACACGAAGCUUCCCCUGCGUCAUUCUCGUUUCGUCCCAUGACUGGACGGACAAUCGCCAGCGAACCCGCCGAGUUUGAGUACCAUGGAGAACCGCGACGGCCAUCUGCUGCGAGCGCAACCACUGUGAGUAGCUCGGGUUCGAGAUCUAGCAUCAGUCAGAAGCUUCGGAAGAAGCAUUUAAAAGGUCUACUCGGGGAUGACUACCCCUCGCCUGGAGAGCGCGAGGCUACCGACGAUGGUUCCCAAAAUCCGCCCAGUAGGCGUGGCGGGCUAGUCGAUCAGCUGAAGGCGCGAGAGCGAGCGAACUCGGAUGGUUCCCGGCCACCCGAUGGCUCUGGAUCACACCGUCCUCAAAGGCCACGAGCAGCGACGCCUUUGCCCUCAAGUGACAUCACUCCAUGGGACUAUCAGAGCAUCAAUGAUGUUUCACAGUAUGGAGAAGCGCCUGUGCGCCACGUUCCAAUCGGACCCAAUGGGGAGCGUCUUGAUCCUCCUGAUAUCGGUGCUUCAGGGGGCAACUUCAGCCGGCGAGGACACGGCAGGCAUCGUCCUUCGCGAAGCAAAGACGAGAAGCCGACUCUUGCUGGUGACCUAGCCGGCUAUCAAAAUCGGCCGGCUACGGGCACAGAUGAUAUUUCCUUACGUCCGUUCAACGAGAACUACUUAGCAUCAUCGUCGACACUCGGUGGCCGAUCUACAAGUCCAACCCCCAGCGUCCGAAGUGCAUACCGUGAUCGCGACAACGAUCAGAACUCAGGACACCCCAGAAUUGGUGGUUUCAUCAAAAGGGUUUUUGGCCAUGGAUCGAAACCGCACGACAAGUCGAGGACCUCUUCUCCUCCUCCUAAAAGGGGUAGGCAGGGAAGCAUUGAAGGGAACACGCCUUCUCGUCAUGUGGAAUCGACAGACUCAGACCGAAAGAAAGAGUCCGGUAAGGGCCUUAUUACAGGACGAAAACUCGGUCCUCGUCGUGUCUUUACCAAUCAAGGCGGUGACUCUCACAGCACCAACAAAGAUGACAGGAAUCAAGAGGAGAACAAGCAUUUCUUCCCACUUGACAUCGAUAUGCGAGAUUUGAAGGGAAUCGUUCGUUCAGCUUCGCCGAACACUAUGAAGCGUGGAGUCGAUGGGAUGACCACACCGCGUGAUGAAAAUGCAACUGAAAAGCCAUGGAAUGCCCCAGACAGCUGGCAUGUCAGGGGACCCGCUGACCUUACCGUGGACCAAGGCUAUUUUGGCCCUCGCGAGCGUGAAGUCUCGUACUUCAUUCGAAUCUUCCGGAUCGAUUCAACCUUCGCCACGCUAUCAGCUGGUGUUAACGCGACUGUAUCUGAGAUUCUCUUGAUGCUUGGUCGGAAAUCUUUCUUGCAGGAUCACCUCAACAAUUACGAGAUUGUCCUACGGAAGAACGACCUUUCACGGCAGCUUGAUCACAAUGAACGGCCAAUCCAGAUGCAGAAGCGACUACUCGAACAAGUUGGUUACACGGACAAGGACCGGAUUGAGGAUAUUGGUCGUGAAGACCACAGUUAUCUCUGUCGGUUCAUUUUCCUGCCGACUAAACUUAGUGGCUACAGCAGUCUUGAGAGUGACCCCGGAUUUAACAAGGUGCAAAAAUUCAGCCAUGUGGACCUCCAAGGCCGCAGCCUUGUCACAAUUCCGAUUACGCUAUACGCUAAAUCCUCCGAAAUCAUCUCACUGAAUCUAUCGAGGAACUUGUCAUUGGAUGUUCCGAAAGACUUCAUUCAAAGCUGCAUUAAUCUGCGGGAGAUCAAGUUCAUCGGAAAUGAAGCCUCGCAGCUCCCACAAAGUUUCAGUCUGGCAGGCCGGCUGACAUACUUGGAUAUUUCCAACAACUGUUUGGAGGAACUGAAUCACGCAUGUCUCGAUCGGCUGACUGGUCUUGUUAGCAUCAAGAUGGCCAACAACCGAUUGACUGAGUUGCCCAGCUAUUUCGCAAACUUCCAUGCCCUGCGAAGCUUGACUAUGUCAUCAAACGGCUUCAAGGUCUUCCCCGAGUUCAUCUGCAACUUGAAGAGUCUAGUUGAUCUCGAUAUCAGCUUCAAUGGCAUCGAAGAACUACCCAACAUUGGCCGCUUGGUGACCCUCGAACGCCUGUGGAUUACAAAUAACAACCUCAGUGGGUCUCUGGAUGAGUCCUUCCGGGACUUGGUGAACCUCAAGGAACUGGAUGCUCGCUUCAAUGCCAUCACCAAUAUCGAUAAUCUCUCUUCUCUCCCACGGCUGGAGCAGGUCUCCUUCGGUCACAACUUAAUAUCGCGCUUCAAGUGCUCGUUCCCAAAAUUGCGCAGUUUACAUCUGGACCACUGCCCUCUGACGCACUUUGAUGUUGAUGCUCCCAUGCCGACAUUGACAUCCCUCAACCUUGCAUCCGGCAAGCUCGCACAGUUCCGGGACACCAUAUUCGAAAACUGCCCUAAUGUGACCAAGCUCAUUCUCGAUAAAAACCACCUCUCUUCCGUCUCGCCCCAGGUUGGCAAAUUGCGCCGACUGGAACAUUUCAGCAUGAUCAAAAACCCUCUUGCUUCUUUGCCUGCAACCAUCGGUUGCCUCGUGGAACUCAAGCACCUGAAUCUGAGAGAAUGCAAUUUGACAUCUCUCCCAUCAGAGAUUUGGCAUUGUGCGAAGCUAGAAGUGCUCAAUAUUUCUUCGAACAUCUUGUCCACAUUCCCCAAGUAUGGUGCUUCGCCGCCGUUGGUGCCUGGUGAGCCCACCCCCACACCCGCGACUACACCGGGUAUCUCAGGCAGCCCCGGCUAUGAAGACAUUGGGCCACUGGACGAACCAGAUCUGCGCCGACCUAGUCAAACCUCCAAUGGUAAUGGUGUUAUGAAUUCCGUUUCACCAAAUGGGUCAUAUCGAAAUCCUUCCACCACGCCUUCUGUUUCACAGCAAGGUGGUGAUAGAAAGGUAUCGGCUGCGUCGCGCUCAUUCACGGAUCCAAAUUCAGCCUCUCGGAAGGACUCGAAUUUCUCCCAGCAGAUGGCAAUGACAUUUGCUGCAUCUCUUCGAACACUCUCCCUUGCCGACAACAGACUUGAAGAUGACGUUUUCCGGGAAUUGUCUUUGCUCCCUGAGCUGCGCGUUGUUAAUCUGUCCUACAAUGACCUGACGGAACUGCCUCAGGGAAUUCUUAAGAGAUGGCCAAUGAUUUCUGAACUCUACCUUUCCGGUAAUGAGUUGACUUCUCUCCCGUCUGAUGAUCUGGAAGAGGGAAGCAACCUCAAGAUCCUCCAUAUCAAUGCGAACAGGUUCCAGGUCUUGCCUGCAGAGCUUUGCAAGGUCAGCAAGCUCUCGAUCCUUGAUGUUGGAAGCAACGGGUUGAAGUACAACGUAUCAAACUGGCCUUAUGACUGGAACUGGAACUGGAAUCGCAACCUUAAAUACCUGAACUUCUCAGGUAACAAGCGCCUGGAAAUCAAGCCUAAUAUCGCGUCACUGGGUCCACCGGCUGCCAAUGGUGCUGACUUGACGGACUUCAACUCUCUGACCCAUCUCCGGGUUCUGGGACUGAUGGAUGUCACUCUUACGAUUCCUACGAUUCCCGAAGAAACGGAAGAUCGACGUGUGCGAACUUCUGCCUCGCUGGCUGGUACACUUGCCUAUGGUAUGGCAGACUCUCUCGGACGGACCGAGCAUUUGUCCAUCAUCGAUAUGAUCGUUCCACGGUUGAAGCAGGACAAUGUGGAAACACUGGUCGGCAUGUUUGACGGACAGACGCUUUCUAGUGGUGGUUCUCGGGUAGCGAAAUACUUGCAUGAGAACUUCACUCCCACCUUCUCAUUUGAGCUUAAGAAGCUUCAACGGGAUCAGGAUGAGACACCGCUAGAUGCGCUGAGACGGGCAUUCCUUGCCUUGAACAAGAACAUGGCAGGAUCUGCCUACCGAUCGAUUGAUGACCGUGAAGUCAGACAGUAUCACAGAGGCUCUACUGCAGCCAAGAUGCUCAACCAGGCCGACAUUCAAUCCGGCGGCGUUGCCACUGUCUUGUACCUGAACAACAUGGACUUAUAUGCCGCCAAUGUCGGCGAUGCUCAAGCCAUCUUGAUCAAGUCGGAUGGUUCGAUGCGUUAUCUGACACAGAACCAUGACCCCGCGGAACCAAACGAGCGCGCGCGCAUUCGUGCUGCAGGAGGCUUCGUGUCGCGUAACGGCAAGCUGAAUGAUGUGCUUCCCGUGUCAAGAUGUUUCGGGCACUUCACCAUGAUGCCUGCUGUCAUUGCGGCUCCUUCCACGAUGCAUUGCACUUUGACGGAACAGGAUGAGAUGAUCGUCUUGGCAUCGAAGGAACUCUGGGACUAUGUCACCCCGGGGGUCGUGGUCGAUAUCACCAGAAGAGAACAACCAGAUUUGAUGUUCGCCGCUCAAAAAUUGCGUGACCUGGCGAUCUCCUUUGGUGCUACCAAUAAGCUCAUGGUUAUGAUUUUGGGAGUUGGUGAACUCCAAAAGCGACGACCGAAGCCUCGUCCUUCGCUCAACACUGGAUCAUCUACCUUUGCUGAGGAUCAGAUUAUCCCAACUGCCAAGCGUCCCAAGAAGCGCGAUGGUCCUGGUGAUUCGCGACUUGCUCGCUUUGACUUUGUUGAUGCUCCAGUCGGUGAAUUGGCUAUCAUGUUCACUGAUAUUAAAAAAUCUACAAGUCUGUGGGAGGUCUGUCCAGAUGCCAUGCGCUCUGCUAUUCAAAUCCACAACGACAUUCUACGCCGACAGCUUGGUAUCUUCGGUGGCUACGAGGUCAAGACUGAAGGUGAUGCCUUCAUGGUAGCUUUCUCGACCACAACUGCCGCCCUGCUCUGGUGUUUCAACUGUCAAAACCAGUUGCUCGAAGCAGAAUGGCCUACUGAGAUCCUUGAUCAGCCGCAAUGUCGAGUUGUGGUCGACAUGGACAACAACGUUAUCUUCCGUGGUCUGUCCGUUCGCAUGGGAGGUCACUGGGGCGAGCCAGUAUGCGAAAAAGACCCGGUCACCAACCGCAUGGACUAUUUCGGUCCGAUGGUGAAUCGUGCCUCGCGAAUCUCCGCUGUCGCCGACGGAGGACAAAUCUUUGUCUCGUCGGAUUUCAUGAGCGACAUACAUCGCAACCUGGAGAUCUUUGCUGAUGCAGAACGGUCUGCCUCCACCAGCUCAGCUGACAGCCACCCUCGUGGUGAUAGCCUUGGACACAACAUCCGCCGCGAGCUGACCCAGCUGAACAGCCAAGGUUUCGUCAUCAAGGACCAAGGUGAACGGAAGUUAAAGGGCCUGGAGAACCCAGAGCCCCUCUACCUUGUCUAUCCUUCGGUCCUUUCUGGUCGCAUGAUUUCUUCGGAAGAUACCCAGGAACGCGAUGAUCCUGGUACAACCAUGAACCCGAACAACCAGUUGGACAUCCAGACAAAUGUCAUUUGGCGUGUCUGGGAGGUAACUCUCCGUCUCGAGCGACUCUGUGGUGCUCUUGAAAACCCCAGGGAACCAGCCCUUGGAGAGCCUAAUGUUGCCUUGUUCAAUAUGGUCAAGAGACAUGGUGGUGAAUUGAACGACUCGACUGUUCUCAGCUUAGUCGAUCAGCAAGUCACUCGUAUCGAGGUUACCGUCAACACUCUCUCACUGCGACACAUGAUGCGCCCCUUCAAACCAGGCGAUAAACUCAAGGAUCAUGCUGUCCCCAUCAGCGACGUCCUCCAACAACUUCGAACCCAACUCGCCGAAUUCCAAGCUCUGAAGGAGUCGCUGGCCAUUGGUGCUGCAGGAAUCACCGGCGGAUCACAGCCACAGUACAACAGUCCCGCCACGCACCCUUCAGAGAGCAUGGAUAGCGGCAUCGCCACUCCCUCUUCAUCUUUCCUCCAGCUCCCUGGCGAUACUGCUCGCAAUUCUGACACGAACCGUCGCAGUCAAUGA